UACUACCUUUUCUUGUGCAUACAACACAACUGCACAACACCCUAACACACUUUAUUCUUACGCGCAUUUCGUGGUUACAUUCGUAAACAAACAGCGAACUGUCAAAUUAUCACGUACUACAUUUCUUCUACAACGAAAAGAGGAAAAAUGUAAAAGACAUUAAGCGAAAUGAAUUAUAAUAGAAUACAUAAAAAGAAAUUAGAAAAAUAUUAAAUUAGAAGUUCUCUAGAAAGUCGAUUAAAAAAUAUUGUCUCCACUCAAUUAUAAAGUGUAAAUAAACAAAAAAUUCGAGAUAAAAACAAAAAUGGUACUCCGUUCAGGCUGCAUUAUUCCCUUUCAGUUCCGCGACAAUAAAAAACUUUUGAUGAUCGGUGUACCUGAGGAAAAUCGAAAUUUAAGCAUUUGGGAUUUAAAAAAUGUUGUGCGAGCGGCAUUCGGGGUUUAUAAUUUCGAGUUCCGCAAUAAGAAGAUUGGAUUCAUCAUACCAGACGAACUGUUGCUCAACUACUUGGCGCAGCGUCAUGACCUGACCAAUUUCGUUAUAGAAGUAGGACAGGUUAAAGAUAAAUCGAUGAGGAAUAAGAAUGCAAGUUUCGACUCUCGAUGCUCUCAAAAGUUAAACAUUCAAUUAUCUCAAAAAUCCGACGAUAGUGUAGCAAAUGAGUAUACCGACGAAUAUGUCAUAGUUAAUGAAGCUUUGAGUUCUCCAAGGCAAGGAAACAAUUUAAAUGAGCCACCGAACAAAAUACGUAUAUCUCAAGCAUAUACAGCACGUUUGUCAGAGUCCCCCAUACGGUCAAUGGAUCAAUCAAUCGAUAUUAUGGAUAAAGUUGAGGAUUCAGUCUGUUUUGAGAAUGAAAUGGAUUUUAAAGUGAAGGAAGAAAUACCAAGCACAAAUUACUCUGAGCAAAACUUGUCAUUAACAAACCAAACCAUACAUAAUCAGCAUAAAAUGCAGCAAAUUUUAGCCAUUAAAAAAAACCCACAUUAUUCGCAAGAUGAUUCCACAAAUGAGCAAUUAAGGUCUACACAUUCUCCAGUUACUGGUGUUAUAACUGCUAGGCGCUUUAAAAUGUUUAAACAAUUCGGUAAAGUCAACAAUAAAAGCACCCACCACAUACGAAGCCCAAUAACCCAACCCAGUAACAUUCACAACAACCCAACGAUAACCAACAGUGAAUGUUUUAGAAAGAAGCGUCACUCCCGUUGGAACACAGAAGAGGAGCAAGUCCUGUUAGAGUUGUGGGAGAAAAAAUUGCCACAACUACGUGGACAGAAAAGGAAUGGUCAUGUGUAUGUGGAAAUAGCGGAUGUGAUGUGCCAAAAUAAUUUUGAUUUUAAUGCGGCGGAGAUACGACACAAAAUUAGAAAUUUGAUGAACAGAUAUAAAAAAGAAAAAAAAAUGGGGAUACCAUCUGAUUGGCCAUAUUUUGAGAAAGUAAAAAUGUUACUGGAAAGCUACAAGAGCCUCGAUAUAGAGACGGUAGUUGAAGAAAGCGUAGUUUACUCAUCAUCUUCGGAGUAGUGUGCGGCACUUUCUUUAGAGCACCACAUAGUGUUUCAUUUACACUUACAGCCGAGAUGGUUUUUCAAACCAUGGAGCACCUGGUUAAAAAUUUAACUACAAAAUUGUUAGAAAGUUUUAAAGACAACAUCUAAGGCACAUCUAAUUCCCAAGUGUGGGUCUAUAAGCUCGUUAACCACAGUUUAAACUAAAAAGUUGUAUUAUAUCAAAGUGAUAAAAAAAUGAUAAAAUAAGUAUUAA